AUGUCUUCUCGAUCCACCCGCCUCCGCCUGCAAGCCGCUCGCAACAACGACUUCGUCGCCGCGCUGAAGAUCGGCUGGUCCAUCCCACGCCUCCUGAGGAUCUACAACAACAACCGCAUCGCCAAAGGCAUGGCUCCCGUGGACGAAAUCGACGAUGCUAAGCUUCUGGAGAUGAUCCAAAAGCGUAAAACUGGGCAGCGGAGGAACCAGAGACGCUACCAGCGGCGCCUGAGGGCACAAGCGAGCGACGGUAGUGAAGGAAGUCAAGAAAGGCUGCGGGAAGAUCAGACGGAGCAAGACGAUAUCGACGAGAGGGACACCGAGGCGGAUUCUGACGAGGAGAACUACCUCGGAAGACGCAAUAGUGGUCCUCCGGGAUUCCUCAACCACAGCGUCAUGCGGCCUUUGCCCGGUCGUCCGGCGGUUCAGACUCAGAUCCAGCAGCGCCCGCAGACCUACCCGAUGCCUCCGCCUUGCAACGAAGCUGAAGCUCAAGCUCACUAUGCCGAUCUAUUUCAACGUUGGCAGCCACAACCUCGCACUCACCAGGGAGUGAUGGGCUACUUCUCGGGCUUGAUGGCUUUCUUCCGGCCGUCACAAGGUCAGAAUGGAGAGGCUUGCGGCCUGGCGGAGAACGCUGGUGGGCAAUGA